CUCUCUUCAAAAUCCAACUAACACGACGAGACGGAGACUCCUCCCUUUUAACUUUCUCAUUUUUUUUCUUCCUUUGGAUUCAAAGCUAUAUUUUUGGGGGUGAUUUCGUUAAAACCCUAAACUCCUCCCCCACUCAUAGUUAUACGAAGGGGGAGAGCAAAGCUUUGCGGGUUUCGACAUUUCAAUUAUGGAUUUAGAAGACAAAUAUCUUGCUAAAGUUUCUGGCUUACAAAGUCUUUCUUCAAGUGUGCAAAGCACCCCAGAUAAAAAUGGCCAUUCAGAUGAUGCUUCGAUAAGUCCAAAACUCCUCCAAGAGUUCCUGAAAUCUGGUUCAAGGAAAGAUCUUCUUCGAACCUGUUGUGAUCAAGACGAGAAAAAUUCAGCUUCUUCAAAGAGCAAAAUGAAUGAAGCUUUGAAGUUGUGUAACAAGCCAAUCAAAAAGUCAGAGUUAAGAAAGGCCUCAUCCACUGCCAACAGUCAGCCUUCCUCUAGGAAACAAACCAGAAAAGGGGAGAACCCUAUUAGGGUGCUUCCAACUUCCGAGCAGCCUUCAGAUCAGGGAAUUUCUAACUCAUGGACAUGUAAAAAUUCUGCUUGCAGAGCUGUUCUGUCCAUAAACGACACAUUUUGCAAGAGAUGCUCGUGUUGCAUCUGUCAUUUAUUUGAUGACAACAAGGAUCCCAGUCUUUGGUUGGUAUGCACCUCUGAAUCUGGUGAGGGGGACUUUUGUGGGCUGUCAUGUCAUAUAGAGUGUGCGCUUCAACGUGAGAAGGUGGGGGUUGUUGAUCUUGGCCAAUUAAUGCAGCUGGAUGGUAGCUAUUGUUGUGCUUCUUGUGGUAAAGUUUCAGGUAUACUUGGAUGUUGGAAGAAGCAGCUAAGUAUAGCUAAGGAUGCUCGUCGCCUGGAUGUACUUUGUUAUAGAAUAUACUUGAGUUACAGACUCCUAGAUAAGACUUCUUACUUUAAAGAAUUGCAUGAGUUUGUGAAAGAUGCAAAGGCCAAACUUGAAACAGAAGUGGGCCCUGUGAAUGGGGUUUCUGCUAAAAUGGAACGGGGAAUUGUCAGCAGGCUUUCUGUUGCUGGUGAGAUAAAUAAACUAUGCUCUCUUGCAAUUGAAAAAGCAGAUGAAUGGUUGACAACCAUUAACACUAAACCAAAGUGCCAAGAUUCACGUCCUGCUGCUUGCAGGUUUCUAUUUGAAGAAGUAACGUCGUCAUCUGUUGUAAUUAUUCUAAUUGAACUGUCAACUGCAUCAUAUGAUGAUAUUGAGGGCUAUAAGCUCUGGUAUUUCAAGAGUAGAGACAAGACACAUACAAAAGAACCUGUCUGUGUCUUUCCAAGAACUCAGAGAAGGAUUUUGAUAGCUAAUCUGCAGCCCUGUACUGAGUACACCUUUCGUAUUGUUUCUUUCACUGAAGCCGGUGACUUGGGUCAUUCUGAGGCUAAAUGCUUUACCAAGAGUGUAGAGAUAAUUCACAAGAAUCCUAAUUCAACCGUUGUCAUGAAUCACAAGAAGGAUAAUGCCCUUACUGAAGGAAGUUCUUCAGGUUCAAAGGAGCUCACAGAAGAAGAUUCAUCUGUAUUUAAGGUUCGAGACCUUGGAAAGAUCCUGCGUCUCGCUUGCGCUCAAGAGCAAGGCUGCUUUGAAGGGUUUUGCAGCACUGAUAUAGACAAAUGCCGUGAAGCUAGCAAAAUUGUUAAGCCUGAAACUCAAGAACAUGAUCAUAUGCCACCUGUUUCGCGCGGGCUUGACUUAAAUGUUGUCUCUGUCCCUGAUCUUAAUGAAGAACUUACUCCAGUCGAAUCCUCCAGGGAUGAAGAUAAUGGUUGCACUUUAGGACAGGCCAUGGAGGCAGAUGACGAUGCUGCUUCACAUGGAAUAGAGAAGAACGGAUUGGCAAGAUCACAUGGUAGUGGUGAUUCCCAGACCUGUGCUAACGGACCAACAGGGGAAGUGCCUGCUGUUGAUUCCCAUACGGUGUUGUGCAGGAAAAGAGCAGCAAACUCAAAUGAAGAGGCACAUGACUGUGAUAGCGCUCUAAUAAAUGGGUCACCCUUUCAAAUCUCCAAUUAUUCUACUUCCUUGGAGGAUACCUUCGAGUCCUGUGUGAAGAUAUUCAGAUGGCUAGAAUGUGAGGGACAUAUUAACCAGGAAUUCAGAUUGAAAUUACUAACAUGGUUUAGCUUAAGGUCAACAGAGCAGGAACGUAGGGUGGUCAACACAUACAUUCAAACCCUGAUUGAUGAUCCAAGUAGCUUGGCAGGGCAGUUGGUUGAUUCGUUUUCAGAUAUCAUAUCUAGCAAGAGGCCACGUAAUGGAUUCUGCAGUAAGCUGUGGCACUAAAUUACUGCUACGCAUUCUCAACUAUAGGGUUCCGAAGAUCGUUAUUAUUUUUUCUAGCGAUAAACUUACCCCUGAUCGUUCCACCAACUUGUAUAGCUAUUUUUUCCCAUUCACUAUCGAAAGGUGAUUCUUUGUAUCACGGACUUGCAGCUGAAAGAUUUGGCUCGCAGAUUGCUGGCAGGACUCCCACUAAAGUUAAAGCGGAACCUUGGAUGUACCCGGGGUUUCGUUUUUUCAGAAGCAUUUUUCAUUUCCUAAAACAUCUUAGUUACAUUUGAAGCAGUAGACAUUUAAUCGUGGGAGAAAAUAUUUAUGUAUGGAUGCUUUCAUUUCUGACUUCUGUAAUUCAGAGAAGGUUAUAUGAAU